UUAGAUCAGGCGCAUGCGUCAAUUUUACUUCCUGUCAGAAGAAGGAAGCGAGGAGGAGGGCGUAAAACUGAGUGUCCCACCUUUUAAAUUAGUUUUUUACUUUACUUAUUGUAUGCUGUCUUGUGGAAUAUUGCAAGAUGGCAUUUAUGAGAAAGAGUAAGUUUCGCCAUGUGUUUGGCAAACCCCUCAAGAAGGACGAUGGAUAUGACAACAUUCGAAUCACUAAAAAUAGUUGGGAUUCUCCAUUUUGUUCUGUUAAUCCAAAAUACAUUGCAAUCAUCACAGAGUCAGCAGGUGGAGGAUCAUUCCUUAUAUUGCCAAUCAAGCAGACUGGUCGGGUGGAGAUGGGCCACCCAGUAGUGGAUGGUCACAAAGGUCCAGUACUAGACAUAGCCUUCUGUCCACACAAUGAUGAUGUCAUAGCUAGCUGUUCCGAGGACUGCACAGUGAAGGUGUGGCAGAUCCCAGAGGGCGGACUAACCCGGAACCUCACAGAACCAGUGGUAGAACUCGUUUCCCACAUCAAACGUGUCGGUAUUGUGACCUGGCAUCCGUCUGCUCAGAAUAUUCUACUAAGUGCUGGUGCUGAUUGCAAGAUAUGCAUUUGGAAUGUAGGAACCGGUGAACUCUAUGUAGAAAUAAACCUGCCUGACAUUAUCUAUUCAGCCAACUUUAGCUAUAAUGGCGAUAGGUUUGUCUGUACGUGUAAGGACAAACACCUUCGAGUUAUUGAUUCUCGAACAGGAAAAGUAGUCAAGGAAACAAAAGAACCUUGUCAUCAGGGAUCUAAACCAGCACAAGCUCUUUACCUCAAGAAUGAUAAAGUCUUCACCACAGGAUUCUCCAGGAUGAGUGACAGGCAGUAUGCUUUGUGGAAUGCAAAUACCUUGGAGCAGAUCAGUUUGGAUGAGAUUGAUCAAGCCAAUGGUGUAUUGAUGCCUGUGUAUGAUGGUGAUGUAGAGAUGAUUUACCUCAUAGGAAAGGGAGACAGUAUUAUAAGAUACUACGAGAUCACCAAUGAAGCUCCCUACGUGCAUUAUUUGUCCUUGUACCAGGGCAAGGACCCCACCAGAGGCUUUGGGGUGAUGUGCAAGAGAGGACUCAACAUUAAUAACUGUGAAAUCUCAAGGAUUUACAAAUUGCUGAACACAGGCCAAGUAGAAGUUAUUCCAUUCACUGUUCCAAGAAAAUCUGAGCUCUUCCAAGAUGACAUAUACCCAGAAACAGCGAGUGAUGUGCCAGCCAUUAGCGGGGAAGAUUGGUUCAAUGGUAGCAGUGCUGAUCCAGUGCUGAUUUCGUUGAAAGACAUGUUUGCCUCGGAAAUGAAGGAACCAGCCAAAGUUGUUGUCAAAUCAAAUAUUUUGGACAAGAAAGUGCCAGCCACCCCCUCCCGGAGAUCAGCUGAUGUAGCCUCCUCCCACCAUAAGGUGGCGUCAACUCCAGUUGUCCGCCCGGCGUCUGAGGCAGCACCUGCUGCAGCUGAACCGGCUGCAGAAUUACCCCCUGGCUUUGAUCCACAAGGAAUUUUAGAAGAUAUUAGAAAACUGAAACUUAUAGUAAAAGCCCACGAAAGACGUAUUAAGACACUGGAGGAGCGCGUGGCACAUUACGAGAACCCUUCGACAGACGAAGAAGGAACGGGAGAGACCUGUUAAGAUGUACAGUUGCCUAGAUGUUUGUUCCCUUUGGUUAGCUUGCUGUUGUAGAGGCACCCACUGCAUAGUGUGGCUCUCACAAUCCUGCUUCACCCAACUAACUGUGUCCUUCACCCUCUUUGCUGAACCCAAUGCUGAAUCUCACUGCAUGAAGAAGCAUCCUCAAAGUGAAUGCUAAAAUUGGUCAAUUAUAUAUAAUCAAAUCCACUGCCUGUAAAAGAAUGCACAAGUUUGGAGUGUAUGACUGGAGAAUGUCAAAUGUUCUCCAUAGAACAUCGAAAUGUUUGUUACAAUUCAGCAGGGAGGGUUCAAGGUCUUGUUAAUUUAUACAGGUUUAAAGGGAAUGGUGUGGCAGUAGAGUAGAGUCUAGAAUUUCUCAUUUGAGAUAUGUUCAACCAUCACAUGUACCCUUACCUCAGCACCUCUUUACCGGUCCAUGUACAACUUCCUGAACAUCACACACCCUUAGUUUUACUUUCCAUGUUCACAAAUCAAGAUGUGAAGCAGCUCACAUAGAUUUUAAGCUGGUAUCUCUCAUCUUUUGGACAAUUCUAGAUGGUGUAAAAUAUUUCCUCUGAUGUCUGGUUGAAAAUAUCUCAAAUUCUUUUGACAGUUGUUUUUCAGAUGAAUUAACAGAAUUUGUAUUUUUGUGUUUGUUUAUCAUAUAACAUUCUUUGCACAACAUAUUCAACAUUGUAUUGUUAAAUCGAUUACGGUUGUGGUGACAAGUUAAGCAAUGUUUAUUAAACUCUGCUAGUGCUCAAAGUUUAAUAAGGAAGAAAAUAUAUACAUGCUCAUGUUUUAGUUCAUAUAAUCUGUUCUAGGCUGACCUAAGUAAAUUUUUGUAAAGUUGUCCUAUAUGUAAUAGGAAACUUUUUCAUAUUUGUUGCAGUUCAAAAGACUCGAAGCUUUACAUCCUUUGCAAAUGAUACUUUGCCCAAGUGUUCAGAAAUUAUGUUUGUCUAUGUCUAUUUUCCAGACAUUUUAUUUAGGUUUAAAAACAUUGACCCGUUGGAAAAUGAAGAAUUUAUUUCAGUCAGCCUGUAGAAAAUAUUCAAAUCGCAGUUCACUGAUUAAAAAAGCUCAGCUUUGACAGUACUUAGAGGGUGUAAACUUAAUUUGCAUGAAGGCAGCUUGACACAGGUUUUUACAACGAAAGUAUAUACAGAAAGAGAAAAGUAUCUGAUUUUGAUCUGCACCUACAUGUACUGCUUAACGUAUUAUUGGCCAUUUUUUGGUCUCCUAAUGGUGAAAUUUAUUAAUGGGAAGGGAAUAUCGUUUACCCCCUUCCACCUGACUCAUUUUUUAUGUACUGUGUGUUGCCUUGAAAUCAUGUUAUUCUCUAUGGUGAAAGCGAUUCAUUGAAAUCUUUGCAGAAAUACAAUAUCUAUUAAAUGACUUUCAAUUAUUUUAAAUGAAAAGUUUACUGAAAGUUGAUGAUGGUGUAUGUACAAUUUUCUUAUAUAUAUAUUUAAAAGAUGAGAGAUAUAAAAUAUAAUGUAAAUAUUUAACUUUUUGUGGAAUUUUGAAGAUUUGAUGAGAAAAGGCACAUUCAUAUAAUUUUCCUUUCCAAAAACAUUGCAACUUGGAAAAAGAUAAGAAAUUAUUACUUCAUUUGUAUUCUUUGAAAGAUACAUGUAUGCAAUUUUCAGAAAUUGUGGCAGCUGAUAAAAUGCUUCAUUUCUUUGUCAAACGGCUUAAAAAAAAAAAAAAAAGCCACAAAAUAGCAUGUCUUUAUACCAUGGAAAGAUUUUUAAAAAAUAAAAAUCAUAUCUCUGAUAAUUAACUUGAAAUUUAAACAUUUUUAGGGACAACUUUGGCCCAUACCAUAUUUGCUUCUUUAGCACAACAUGCAUAAGUUUUUGAGAGAUAAUGCAAUAUUCACAAUGAGGACAUUGCAAAACUUUCAAGAGUCUCACAUCAUUUUUCAAUUUCAACACUAAAGGAUACACAAUGGUAGUUCUUGUACAGUGUAGUGUAGAGAGUGAAACAUGAAACAGUGAACCUUUCCUGUAGCCAUGUAUGAAGGGAUUAGAUGUUUCUUGGAUCAGAGAAUGACCAAUGCCUCUUAUAUAUUUCUACUCGCAGUAACAAUAUGAGAGAUUAAUUUCAUGUUUUAUAUUGUCAUGCACAUUUUACUUCUGAAGCUCUUUCAGAUGAUACCAAGGUUAUUGGUAUUGACCAAAUCCCUCGCAGUAAUCAAAAUUAGUGCUUUGAGAGCUUUGUUUUGUGAACUCUUCAGAGAAAAUUGUCAGAAUUAUUUACCUUGGGAAGAACAGUAUAAAAGGAAUCAUCAUGAUUACUCCUAAAGUAAAUUUAGUUGUAAUUAGUAUUAUCGCAAUUCACCUUUGAAUUAGAACGCUUUGGCCGAUAUAGUAUUGCAUUGUGUGAUGACACAAUUGAAUCUGUUUGUAAUACAAUUGCGAAAUGCAACUGAAACUCUCAUUGGUCCAUAUGUAUAAGUCCGCCCAAAUUCCCUUAUACGAGAGUAGUAAACAUUUGAAAACAUGACGGCCAGAUGCUAGAUGGAAAAAAAACUUCAAAGGAAGAAAGAGAAAAAGUUGUAUUCUUGUGUUGUUGUCUCAUAAAUUUAAUAUUAAAAAAAAUUCCUAACAUAUUUUCCUACUAUACUUGUGUCCAAACAUACCUUCAAAUAUUUAUUAAAGCCCCAUACGACCCAAAAACUUGAUCACAGCUUUUGAUGAUUUCGUUCGUAGACAUAGCCAUGUUAGGUAGCCAGUCAAUUCGAAUCCCGGUUCAUUUCCAUACUGGCACAAUAGCGUCUAGAUGUGUACUAAUACCCCACAAAUAUUUUAGCUAAAUAGUUUAAAUAAUAUACCACGUACCCCAGUCCUAUUAAAUGAUAAUUAUUGAAAUAGCUAAACUCACGGCGAUGCGGCUUUCAUUAGUCAAGCCGGCCGGUCUCCAUCUAAUGAGCUUAUGUAGCAUUGCAUUUUCGUUAAUCAAGAGCUUAUUUUACCUUUACAAAAACUGGACCAAAUUUUUUUUUAAUUUCUAUUAAUUGAUCGUGUUGAUAAUAAAUGAAGAGCAAAUACAUAACUUACAACCAAUUUUAUGAAUAGAUACCAAUAGCAAGAGUUCGAAUUGACCGGCUACUUAACAAUCUACCUAAUACGUCAACAAACGAAAUCAUUGAAGCUGCGAGUUUUCGGGUCGUGUGUGGCUUUAAUGAAUAUUUGAAGGUGUGUUUGGACACAAGUAUAUAGUAGGAAAAUAUGUUAAGAUUUUUUUUAUAUUGGGUUUAUGAGACAGCAAUACAAGAAUACACCGAUAUCAGGCCUCAACCGUCCGCAGCUUUUUGUGACCCGUAAACGGAAUUCAGGUUUUUGUAAGAGGUGGAUCUUUUUAGAGAGCUACAGUUCUCGAGACAGCUACACUGAAUCCGCUCGAGAAAGUGGGCGGGCUGUAAUCGGCCAAUGAAAACUCUUGUUGUAUUACAUCAAACAUGUCAUUCAAAUUGUUCAAUCGUCUCAUUCAAUUGUGUCGUCACACAACGCAAUACUAUAUCGGGUAAAGCGUUCUAAUUCAAAGGUGAAUUGCGAUAAAACUUAGCACACAGCAGUACUCUCGGAAUUUUACUAAAUAGGAUUUGCAAGAGUUGAUGGGGAACAAUGUGAUGCGUAACAAUACUACCAGAAUGCUCAAUCGAAACGUUUUUGGGGGGUUGGUAGGGAAUCCAUUGCUUUACAAUACUACCAGAAUGCUUGUAUAGAGAAGUUGGUUAGGGGUCAUUAGAGAGUCCUUGCUUAACAAUGUUAUACUACCAGAAUGCUCCUGAUCACCCAUACAUUUAAUUCCAGUGUUUCACAAGUUUUAUGAAUUUCUAAAAUUUAGAUUGAUUUUUUUUUAAUUUGAUUGUUAUUUUUGUGUUUUCUAACGUGAUCUUUAAUACUUCCGAAUUUGUUAGUAAUAUUUGGUGUUCUUGGUAUAGUUUGUGUGUGUUAAUUAUGAAAUUGUAGGUGUAUAUUUUUCCCCCUACAAUCUGUAAAUUAACUUCAUGAUUCUUGUGUCUUCUUUGGUAGGGAGUGAGUGUAAAAAACUUGUUGGAUGAGGUUAAACAACUGAAAAAUACGGUCAAAGAGCAAGACAAGAAAA